AUGUUCAGAGAAGAUCAAUCGCCAUUUGAUCAUUCAAGAACGAGGGAAUCAACAAGUGGGCAACUGCCGAAUAAUCAGCAGAUGGGAGCUAGUAAUGAUUCAAUGCCUGGAAAUGAGCAUUGGAAGUUUACCAGCUUGUUCUUCUUACCUAGUGGAUUGGAUCUAAAUCCGGCUCGCGUUGUUUUCGCAGAAGGUCUUGGUACAUUCAUGCUGAUGUUCAGCAUAUGUGGGAUAAUGGGAAGUAUGCAAUUGUUAGGAAACCAAGUGGGUCUUUUGGAGUAUGCUACUACAGCUGGUACAGCCAUAGUUGUCAUUAUUUUCACUUUGGGGGAUAUCUCAGGUGCUCAUGUCAAUCCUGCUGUCACCAUUGCCUUUGCUGUUUUCGGCCAUUUUCCAUGGAAAAAGGUACCUUUUUAUGUGAUGUCACAAUUGUUGGGGUCCAUAUUGGCAACAUAUGUUGGGGAGCUUGUCUUCAGAGUUAAUCCAGAAUUUAUUAUGACUGUGCCUGUUAAAGAUCACGCUUUUGCGGCCUUCACAGCUGAAUUCAUAGCAACCUUUUUCGUAACAUUCCUUGCUGCAUCACUAGCAAGAGAUGCAAGAUCAGUUGGUCGUCUAGCUGGGUUUGUGAUGGGCAUAUCAAUUGCACUUGCAGUCCUAAUGACAGGGCCGCUUUCUGGAGGAUCUUUGAACCCAGCUAGAUCAAUAGGACCAGCAAUUCUUGCUUGGAAACUGGAUCAAAUCUGGAUAUAUUUUGUUGCACCGGUUGCUGGUGCAGUUCUUGGAGUCUCAAUGGUUCAUGCUUUGUGUCUUCAUCACCCUCCUCAAAGUCAUAAUUCAUCAGCUGCAAGGGGUGUUUUGCCAUGAAUAAUAAACUUACUUAUUACAGGAAUUUAUGACUUUGUUGAUUAGCUUCAGGGGAACGAUGUCGAAAAUUUGUUGUCUUAGUGAAAUAUUUGUGUGUUACUACUUGUGAAACCUAUUGCAAGACAAUACCAUAAUUACUCACCUUCACAGCUGACUUAUUGAAGCAUAUUGUAUUAUUAACCCAACUAAUGUAUUUCCCGAUAAGCCAUAAAUGUGAUUACGUAGACGCAAUUACCAUUCA